AAUACAUUCUUUCAUACGCCCCGGCUCUCAAGCCAUUUGGAGCAAAGUCCAUCACCUACUCUGGAGCUACAACAUCAGCCAUAAUAGAUGGUCUGCAGGCCGGGGAGCGCUAUAUUUUCAAAAUUCGUGCAGCAAACAGGAGGGGACCAGGUCCUCAGUCUAAAGCCUUCAGUGUCGCCAUCCCAGCAGCUGCUCAUGAGGAUACAGUUGCUCAGCAACAAAAAAAUAUUCAGGAUAAUUCAGAAGCUAAAAAAACUGGGAAUGCUGGCUCAUCUCCUUCUCAAACUUCUGUUUCUUCAAAAGUCCAGCCAUCGCUUUCCUCUAAGCAGUCGUCUGUUCGUUCACCUAAUGUUAGUGACAAAAAGAGUCUUCUUUCUGAAUAUAAGAAUAAAAUCUUGUCUCAAGGGGCCCUAAGUAAAUCUCAGCUACCUUCUAGAAAGACAGGUGAGCUGGAACUUGAUCUCAAAUCCACUGAGGUGACAGAUGAUGAUGAUUCCUCCCAACAAGCUCCAACGAUGCCACCGAAAGCCCAGGAUCAGAGGAGGAAUGUUAGACCCUUGUCCCCUAGUCGGCCAAUCCACCCUGUCCUUGCCUCAAGGAGGACCCCUGUUCGAACCCACACAUCAGAAGUGUCACAGCAGACAAGCACAGAGAAACGUGAGCCAUCAUCAGCACAACACUCUUCUGCCUUAUCUGUUCCUAAAUACACAGAUAACGAAACAAAGAAACUGAGGCAAAGCAACACUGAUGUGCCUUCUAAAACUUCUUCCCAUCCUCUGCCUGCCAAAACUAAUGAUCUUGGAGCUAAUGUGGAAGGAAAGCCAGACCCCAUGCUAGUGAAAGUGUCUUCUAAAACUUCAGAGCCCAGUCGCCUGGCUUUGCCAUCAAAUCGGCAGUCUACUGUCUCUCAUGAGGUGAUCCCAAGCCAUACCAGUAGGUCUGGCUCUCUGGGUCGCUCACAUCAACCCUCUUCCAAAUCAGCAGAUUCCCAUGCUCGUGAUAGCUAUGAUGAGUUUGACAGUGAAGAAGCAGAGGACAGAGCAGGACAGCCCAGUUCUAGGUCACAGCAAACAGGGCUUCCCACAGGCUCCAGUUCUCGCACAUGGAAGGAUUCGAAAUUAGCUGCAGUCUCAUCAAGAUCUGCUGUUUCUGGUCACACUUCACCUCACUCUCGCUCCUCCACCAUUGCCAGAUCCAAUGGAAAGGAUAUUGGUAAGAAACAUAGAGAGGACUCACAAGAUGCAAACCCUUUAUAUCCUUCUUUACCCUCUUCCAGGCAGUUUUCUUCAGCAGUCUAUUCCAACAGAAGAAAUCCUCAGGUUGAUUCCAAUGCUCACCUCAAAGAGACACACAGUGAAAAGUCUCUCCACUCUGACUCAGAAGAACAGCAAAGUCAAUUGGCUGCUCCAGAAAAGCAUUCUCUUUUGCAGUCUUCUCUUUCCAAACAUAAGCCUGAAGAGCAGGACAGUCGAGAGGUAAAAGAAAUGCUUGCUCGAUCAAAACCAAGUGUAUCUUUGCCUAAAAAGACAUUCUCCUCUCAUCUUCCAUUGGAGAAGACGUCCCAUUCAGAACCUCCACAGAGGGCACAAACGAAUCCUUCAUUACUGCAUUCAAGGGGCCGGCGCCUCCCAUCUCAUGUCUCAUCCCAGAGUAAUGAAGAAUUGCAGGAAGCUGAUGAUGAGGAAUUAACAGAAGGCAGUGAUAGAGCAAGCAGCCGCUCUGUGUUUGCUAAGGAGAUGUUUUCCUCUAGGGGAUUAUAUGCAUCUUCCUCUCAAGGAAGCUCAAGUUCAUUUCUAUCAAAGCAACAGCAGCCAGGUUCUCAGGUGCCUUCCUACAAGCCCAAACUUACUCGGCCAGACUCCAGUUCUGCCAGUGAUACAGCAGAAGACAACCAAUAUAAUCCAAGGUUGUCAUCCACUUCUUCGAGACAAGAUCGACCUUCAUUACCUACUCGCUCAAGAGCUGCAACAAGAACAGUGUCCCAAACAGAGAAAAAAUAUGGCCCUUUGCCCUCAAAAUUGUCCAAAGCUGAUCUUCCUCAAAAAGUUUCUUCCUCCUCUUCAUCUAAAUCUCAUCAGUCAGUUUCUAAUGAAGAGGACGAUUACUACAGUGAAUAUGAUCAGAAAGAAGUGGAAGAGAAACCCACAUCUUUGGCAGGAAAAUGGUCCCCUUCUGUUUCUAGAGGUUACAAUGGCAGACCUAAUCUUACAACAAAAAAUGGAAAUGGAAAAAUAAUACCUGGUAAUAAUGGAAAACCAAGUGGACAGAGAGUAAUCAAUGGCCCUCAAGGAACAAAGUGGAUUGUAGAUCUUGACCGAGGGCUAGUGUUAAAUGUUGAAGGAAAAUACCUGCAAGAUUCCCAAGGCAACCCUCUCCGAGUGAAAUUAGGAGGAGACGGACGUACAAUUGUUGAUGAAAACGGUGCCCCGAUGGUGAGUCCUGAUGGAUUACCAUUGUUUGGACAUGGCAGAUUUAGUAAACCUGUAGCAAGUGCACAAGAUAAACCAAUAAUAAGCCUUGGAGGGAAGCCUCUCAUUGGUCUUGAAAUGAUUAAGAAGACAACCACUCCCUCAACUACUACAACAACACCUCCAACAACUACCACCACCACAACUACUACAACCACUACAACAACUGUUGCCACAACUACUACCACCACUCCUGAACCAACCACCACUGAACCACCCACUGAGAAGCCAGCCCCAACCUGUCCUCCAGGCACCUAUGCACAGUAUGACAACGAGGGCAACUUGCUGCUGGGGUUCGAUGGCCUGCCAGAGUGCAAUGCAGAAGAAGAUACAUUCUCAGGACUGGAUUCAGAUGUAACAGCAACUCCAGAGGCAUAUGUGAUAUACGAUGAUGACUACGAGUUCUUUGAGAGCACUUUGCCACCAACCACCACCACUGUCACCACCACCACUGCUUCUACAACGACAGAAUCAGAAGUUGUCUAUCCAGAGACAAGUGUUGUUGGCACUGGCCCUGUGUCAGAAUAUGAUAUUGCUGGGAAGAAGCGGUUCACUGCUCCUUAUGUGACCUAUCUCAAUAAAGAUCCAGCAGCUCCCUGCUCCUUGACAGAGGCCCUGGAGCACUUUCAAGUGGAGAGCCUUGAUGAAAUCAUCCCUAAUGACCUCAGAGAGAAAGAGCUGCGUCCAGUGAAAGCCCCUCACAACAUCACUGUUGUGGCAGUCGAAGGUUGUCACUCCUUUGUCAUUGUGGACUGGGCCAAACCUGCUCAGGGAGAUAUGGUAACAGGCUAUCUUGUUUACAGCGCAUCCUAUGAUGACUUUAUAAAGAAUAAAUGGUCAACCAGGACUGCAGGGACUACUCAUUUGCCAAUCGAGAACCUGAAGCCCAACACACGGUAUUAUUUUAAAGUCCAAGCAAAGAAUCCCUUUGGUUAUGGACCUGUUAGCUCUUCAGUCUCAUUUAUCACAGAAUCUGACAAUCCCCUCCUCAUUGUCAGACCACCUGGUGGUGAGCCUAUCUGGAUCCCAUUCACCUUUAAAUAUGACCCCACCUAUUCAGACUGCACCGGCAAGCAGUACGUGAAACGAACUUGGUACCGAAAGUUUGUAGGAGUGGUUCUUUGCAACUCCUUGAGGUACAAGAUUUACCUCAGUGAUGACCUGAAAGAUACCUUCUACAGCAUCGGGGAUAGCUGGGGAAGGGGUGAGGACCACUGCCAGUUUGUGGAUUCACACCUGGAUGGAAGAACGGGACCUCAGUCGUACAUUGAAGCCCUGCCCACCAUCCGAGGGUAUUACCGCCAGUACCGCCAGGAGCCUGUAUCAUUUGGACGCAUUGGAUACACAACACCCUACUACUACGUGGGCUGGUAUGAAUGUGGCGUGCCCAUCCCAGGGAAAUGGUAGCAGCCUGCUUUCCUGUCUGAGGCAGACCAUGCUUUUCAAAUUAUUUCUACCAGAGGACUGUGAGCAACUGAUUUGGAAAUUAAAAAAAUAAAAAAAGAAAUUAGGCAAACCAGUGAAGACCAGCUGCUCAAGAAACCCUCAUGAAGCCAAACAUGGUCCCCACUUUACCAUCCUAGAUCUGUGGUGCUGCUUGAUUUCUGCUUGGAAGCAGGGACAAGAUAUAAGUUUGGUGUCCUACCUUCCUCCUCUGGGCCUUUAAGGCACAGAGAGGUGGUUGCAGUGUGUGUGACCUGUGAAAACUAGAACUGUAUUAGCCAUGAAAAUUUGGAAGUUUCUUAUAUCUUGCGGGAA